AUGCAAGCUACUACUACUACUACUGCUAGCGGCCCGGCCAAGCCCGACGGCGCAGCACGAACCACAGCAGAGGCAGCAGCAGCAGCAGCAGCAGCCGCACUACCACCAGUCCCCCAGCACCACCAGCACCACCACCGCCACGACGCGAAGGAGGACGGGCGGCGGCACGAGCUGACGAUAAUCGGCGAAAAGAUAAUAAUUAAUCGUGAGGGCGAAACAAUUAAGCAAACAUUGGUGGAUAACGACCAGCCCGACCAGCCGCCGACGGUCCAGAAGAAUGCUGUACUUGAUACUGACGACACAGCGCAAAGCCACGCUGGCCAUCUGCCAGCAGCAGUCCUCACGGCAGCAACAGCAGCAACAGCGGCUGCGGCGGCGGCGGCGGCCGGUGCAGCAACAACGGCGGCAGCGGCGGCGGCCUCAUCAUCGCCCUCGGUCAGCUCGACGACUCACCACCAACAACAACAGCACCACCACCACCAUCACUACCACCUGCACCAUCACCAGCAGCACUCGGUGGCGGCAUCGGCCACUGCGACGGCCGCAGCCACGUUCUCCACCACCGCCGCCAGCACGAUCUCGGGCAGCAGCGGCGGUGGUGGCGGGAGCGGCGCCAGUCCCGCACUAGCGGCGACCACCACCGUCCCCUUCUCGGGUGAGCUGGAGGAGCUGCAGAACAUACUGCACUUUCCCGAGGAGGUCGCGCUUCGCAUCACCGACAUGGAGUAUCAGCUGUUCUACCAGGUAUCACCGAUAGAUUUCAUAAACGAAGCCAUCCUCGAGCUAAAACGGGAACGGUGUGGCAGCAUCGGCAGUGGUCCAGAAGGAGGUGGUGGAGGUGGAACGGGAGGAGGUGGAACGGGAGGUGGAGGAACCGGAGGUGGCGACCGAGAGGACGGAAGCUUCCAGUCGCCUUUUAGUAGCUUUAUAUCGUCACUGAAUCCCAUACGCAAACGAUUCGAUGAGACCAGCGCGUGGACCAACUACAUUGUGCUCUCACAAGGUACACAAGACGAACGAAAAGCGGCCUUUGCAUGUCUGUUGCGUGUUGCUAUUUCAUGCUGGAAUAUCGGAAACUUCAAUGGUGCUAAAGAGAUAGUGGAUGGGCUGAAAUCAAUCAAAAAGGAAGCCUUCUGGACGUCGGCCACGGAUCGCACCGGUCGGAACACGGUGUACGAGUUUCUUACGACCGUGUUCGAUAGCUUCGAGUAUGAUAAUGCGGUUACGCGAGCACUGGCCAUACCCACGUGUCGCAUGAUACCGUACUUCCGGAACCACGUCGACGAGAUCAAAACCUUGCUGGUGACCGUCCCGCAGACCGGUGAACCCGGGCUCGAGAACCCGGUCGAAAAGUACUUCCUCGGCGAGGUGAAACCGCUGCCGCUGCGCGAAGAUGAGGAGUUUGUGGCCCGAUUGUUACCGCUCGAGCUGCCACUGGUCGAUUGCCGGGUGCGCACCCCAGUACCGGCGGACCCAACGGCCUCCGAAGUUGGGUCGGAUGAAUCGACGGAGCAGCUGGUGGUACGGUCGGAGCCGGAGCACGAUCAGCCCGACGCUCAGCCCGAUGACGAGGGCGAGGAGGAGCAGAUGGUGGAGCAGAUACUGGUGCGGGCGGAACCGGCCGUCAGCCGGCUGCAAGCGUCCAUCGAGCACCACGACCAGCUGUGCCGGGAGCUGCCGCACAGCCUACUGGAGUACCUACGGGCGGCGGCCAACAGUCCGCGCCAAACGAAAACCCCACUGUACAUCUACCAGCCCUCGAACCUGCAGGAACAGGAGGAGGACUACGAGGUGGAGAUCGGCAACUACAACCCGGUGCAGCCGCUGUUCUACGACCACGGCAUCAGCAUCAUACCGCUGUCGUCGAAGAAAACCAACGCGAUCGAUCAUCACAUACUGCAGAUCCUGCACCAUGGAACCACGUGUGUACUGUGGGAACCGGAGAUACCGUCGGAUCGGUCGUCCUUCGUCUACCUGCGGCUGGAGCGUUCCUGUUCGUUUGUCUCCUGGCAACGAACGGCCUGGCGGCGCAUCAAAUCCCAACAAGACUUUAGCCUUAACGUGAACCCGGAGGAGAUAGUGGCGUGGAAGUUUGCCAAUCGCUAUGCAUCGAACGUCGGCGAGCUGGAGGGCCAGUGCCAGAACCUGGACGAGGGCAUGCUCGACCUCGGCACGAUCAAGGAGAUCAACAUGGGCUCGCGGAACCACGAGUACGACGCGGAGAUACUGGCGGCCGGCAAGCGCUUCGGCCUGACGCACGUCGAGUGCUGCGUGACGCUGCUGUACGGUAACUCGGCGAGCGAAAACCGCAUACUGUGCAUCCUCUGCCCGCCGAUGCUGUGCCGGGCGUGGUACGUCGGGCUGAACUGGAUGCUGCGCGGCAUCCGGCGCCAGCAGAUCCUGAUCGACCGGUCGAUGCUGUGGCUGAAGGAGCUGUACAUACAGCUGUACUUCGAGGAGGGCGCGUGCAGCGAACCGAGCGUGGCCGACGCGAUCAAAGCGUUCGGCGGACGGUGCUACGGGCUGUCCUCGAUCAAGUCGUGGUCGGGUUCGCAGAUCAAUGAGCCGGGAUGUAGCGAGCCGAGCACUGUGGUCGCGAAGAAGGACUCGUGCACGACCAAGAUACGCAAGAAGCGGUCCGUGGUCAACCUGCUGAACCAGGGCAACGCGAAUCAGGGAGGUGGUGGUGGCAGUGGCAGUGGGAGUGGGGGCGAUACGACGCCCUCGGACACGAUGCUGCUCGACACGCGCGACUACCGGACGCGGUCGAUCGAGCGGCGCCGGGAGCGGAACGGCUCGAACGAUCAGCUCUGGCAGAACGUGAAGCAUCUUCGCAUCGGCUCGGUUACCUACGAUACUCAAUUAGAUUUUUUAAGCUUCGUAUCACUGUAUCGAUCGUUUAGUUUAAUUGCACGGCAGGACCUACGUGAUAUUUUCGACCAGCUCUCGGUGACGACCAUCUCGCGGACGACGCUGAACGGGGAGAAGAGCCGCAGUGCGCCCGAACUAUCGGAGGCCAUGGUCAAGCGAAAGAUAGGACUUUUGACGCGCAACUGCUCACUGGACAUGGAUCUGACCGAGGCGAAGCACACGCAGAAGAAGUACUUCGACGCGAUAGCGGCCUCGAGCAUCGCACACAUCGCCGCCAGCAACGAUUUCCUUUCGUGCAGCAACAAGGUCAUCACGAUAUCGACGCUGAAAAAGUUUCUCGAAACGCGCCAGAUGGAGAUCAAAACCGACGAGGAUGUGAAAGCCAUUAUACAGCGUCACGAACCGGAAGCGGCACAUCGGAUCGAGAACUGUCUCAGCUUCGAGGGAUUCGCCCGGUACAUGAUCGACAAGGACAACUACGCGUUUCUGAGUGAAAUCAUGCCGGAAAGCACCUACAUGAACCUGCCGAUGUCCCACUACUACAUUGCGUCCUCGCACAAUACGUACCUAACCGGGCACCAACUGAAGGGCGAAAGCUCGGUCGAGCUGUACAGUCAGGUGUUGCUAACAGGUGCGCGCUGCGUUGAGCUCGACUGCUGGGACGGGGACGAUGGUACGCCCGUCAUCUACCAUGGACACACCUUCACCACGAAGAUCCCGUUCCGGGCCGUCGUAGAAGCAAUAAACAAAUCUGCCUUCAUUCAAUCUUCCUACCCCGUGAUACUUUCCAUCGAGAACCACUGCUCGGUGCAGCAGCAGCAACGGAUGGCGAACAUCUUUCAGGCAAUCUUCGGCGAAAAGCUGGUCACCAACUUCAUGUUCGAUCAGGACUACAGCGACGAGCCGUACCUGCCGUCGCCGCUUUCGCUCAAGCACAAGAUACUGAUCAAGAACAAAAAGCUGAUAGUGGAGAUACCGGCCACCUUAUCGACCGGUUUGACGCGACAGAACACCUUCAAACAAUCGAAUUUAUCCAGCAGAGCCAGUUCAAUUAUAUCCAACACUAGCGGUAGUUCACUGAACGAAGAGUUUAGCGAUGACGAGUACGAGGAUGAUGACGAUUUUGACAAUAUUGAUGAAAAAACAUAUCAUACAACUUGGGGAUCAAUAGAGGAUAAGUAUAGGCACAGUGUGUGCCAUUCCAACAUCACGCCGACAAAAUCGAAAGCCCAAGACCAGGACGAACGAUCCCGCAAGCGCAGCAACCAGAUCGCCCGAGAGCUCUCCGACCUGGUGAUCUACGUGCAAGCAAUAAAAUUUCGCGGCCUGAACCCCUACAGUCCGCACAACUCAAUACGUGCCAAUCCGAAGCAGCAGCAGCAGCAGCAGCAGCAACAGCAGCAGCAACAGCAGCAACAAAGUCAGCAAAAUCUGACCAGCGCCCAGCUGAGUUCGCAGCAACAGCAGCAAAAUGUGCUCAAGACGAGUGGGUCGGUCGUGACGGUGGGAAGCAUACUGAAGAACAGCUCCGGCGACACGCUCAGUCUGCCCUCGUCCAGCCACCUGUCCGAUAGUUUGUCGCUCAGCUACGACGCGUCCAGCAUCAGUGGCAGCGAGUCGCAUCUACCGCCGACCUCGAACUCGAUUCGCAACCGCACCCUGCCGAACGCGAACCACCCCUGCUACCAGUGCUCCUCGAUCAAUGAGGCCAGCGCGAAGAAGCUCUGCCGGAAGGAUCCGCUCGGGCUGAUCGCGCACACCGAGUCGCAGCUGAUGCGCACCUACCCGGCCGGCCUGCGCAUCGACUCGUCCAACUUCAAUCCGGUGUUUUUCUGGGCGUUCGGCAUCCAGAUGGUGGCGCUCAACUACCAAACCGAGGACAUACCGAUGCACAUCAACAAGGCCAUGUUCGAGGAGAACAACAGCUGCGGGUACGUGCGGAAGCCGGACGUGCUGUGGAACCGGUCGCACCUGAUGUACCGGCGGUACAGCCCGCUGGAGAAGGAGUUCGACGGGCUGCACGUGACGCAGCUCGUGCUGAACAUCGUGUCCGGGCAGUACCUCAACCAGGCCAGCCUGUACUCGAGCACGUUCGUCGAGAUCGAGCUGCUCGGCAUACCGGUCGACUGUGGCAAGCGCAAGACGAAGAUCAUCCGCAAGAACUCGUUCAACCCGCUGUGGAACGAAACGUUCUACUUCAAGAUCAUGUUUCACGAUCUGGCGUUCCUGAAGUUCAGCGUGUACGACGCGGAGACGGGGCUGGUCAUUGCGCAGCGCGUAAUUUCGCUCAAGUGCAUCCGGCCCGGGUACCGGCACGUGCGGCUCCGCUCGCCCACCAACCAGCCGCUCAACAUGGCGUCGCUGUUCGUGUACACGCGCGUGGAGGAGGAAAGCCUCGACCGGUCGUACGACGAGAUCGACGAGCAGUACCUGCAGCAGCGGGGCGAGAAAACGCGCGGCGGCCGGGGUGGCAACGCCGGCGGCGGGGGCGACGGUGGCGACGUGCCGGUCCUGUUCGAGGCGAGCCGGCUCGACAUUGCCAACAGCCUGGAGAGCAAGGUGCCGCAGCUGAAGCGCAAAAUGUUCUUUCUCACCGUGUACGACGUGGUGCCGGACAAACCGUACACGAUCCUGAAGAUCACGCAGGAAAGCACCACCAAGGACGUGCUGACGCAGGCGAUGGGCAAGAUGAACAAGUCGGCCCAGGACAUGGCCAACUUCAUACUGAUCGAGGAGGUGUACCGGGGGUGGGAAAAGAAGGACCGGCUGCUGCCGCCGAGCCAGCGCGUGCUCGACAUGGCGGAGAAGCCGCUGCAGGCCCAGGGCCACUGGAAGGGCGAGGGCCGGUUCAUACUGAAAAAGAUCGGCAACGAUCCGAGCAGCCGGGCCUGGGUGACCUCGAUCCGGCGGACGACCGACCGGCGGGCGUCGAUCGCUGCCACAAUGGCCGCCGGUGGUGGUGCGGCGGGGCUGUCCGGCGCUGCCACCGGCGGCAAGGAACCGACCGCCGACGAUCUGCUCGCCCUCGAGAACGUGGACAACUUUCUCGUGUGCGUGUACAACGUGUCGCAGGACAUACCGUACGCGAUACUGCGCGUGCCGAUGAAGUCGACCGCGCAGGACGUGCUCGCGCAGGCCCUGCUGAAGGCCCGCCGGCUCGACAACCCGAACAACUUCGUGCUGGUGGAGGAGCUCAACUACAGCACCAAGGGCAACGACACGAUGCAGCGCAUCCUGCUCGACGACGAGAACGUGUACGUGACGCAGGCAAACUGGAAAACGAUCGGCCGGUUCGUCAUCCACGAGCGCAGCCAGCUGACGCCGUCGACGAUCCGCAAAACGAUCCUGCCGAUCGAGAAGAUUAGCCGCGGGUUCAGCAUCAGCCGCGGGUCGUCCUCGUCCUCCACCUCGGUGCACUCGCUCGCGUCCAAGUCGCCGAUACAGGUGGCGCUCAGCGAUCCGACCGCUUCCUCCUCGACGUCCCGUUUCAAGUCCCGAUCGGCCGGUGCGCACGAGCCGGGCGCGUCGGGCUCGGGCGUGGGCGCCAAGUCGCGCCACCACGGGCACGGUCGGACAAAGUUUUGCUCGGAAAAGGACACGUCCUUCUCGAGCACCAGCGGUGGCAGUGCGGGCUCGAAGUCGGCCAACCGGCGCGAGGUCCACUCGGAGGGCGAAACGCUCAGCGACGAGGAGACGAAGGAAUCGGACAUCAUGUCGACGAUGUCACGCUUCAAGCGCAUGUCGAUCAAGAAGCUAAAGUCCUGGAAAUCCUAACUCGGCCCGCUGUGGGAGACGUCCGUGGACGUGGAGUUAGCAGCGAGCUAGCAGCAGCUCCGAGACCGAGACACGACUAAUCGACACACAAAACAAAACCUGGCCCAAACCAGCAAGCACAAGGGUGCAGCCGCAAAGUAGCAUCAUGUUGCUGCUGCUACCAUCAUCAUCAGCAUCAUCAUCAUCAUCAUAGUGUUCUCACGAUGGCAGCCGAGUCAGCACAAAAACCCCACUAAACACAUGGUGUGCGCGAGUCAGCAAUUUGACGGCCAUUUUGACUACCAGCCUACACGUUUGUUUUUUUGUAUUGCUAUCACACAGCUGUACGUCUAUUGCUACUAUUAUCGCAGCUUGCGUUUGUUAAAGGCUUCCUAAGGCUUGAAAGCGUUACGCAGAUUGAAGGGAAAAACGAGAGAAACGGAAAGGAAAGAGUGUUGUUAAAGAAGGUGGGCGCGCUUGGUUUUAUGCUUCAAACAACUAGGACACUUGAUAGCAUAAAAAACCCUGCUCUCCCCCCAAGAAGCCCAACGCGCCUCAAACUAGUUAAUGUAGACCGUAAUGUCCGUAAGGGUUGGACCAUCCGCAAUACCAGUUUCCUGUGAUUUUGUGCCCAUUCUCUCCUCACACGUUCACGUUCAGGCCCUCCGGCAGCCAUCCCCGCCCAAACCCGAAGCGAAGCGGAGGAGCAGAGCAAUACGGAGGGCACUACCCACACAAACGCGCCCAUUAUUGUAGGAGAUUAAUCUUGAUAGAUGGGAGUGGGAGAGUGCACGAUAGGGCGGCAGAUACGAGAUGAGGUGGAGUUAAGAUGAAAGGGUUAAUAAAUGAAAAACAAAGAAAAAAACGCAUCUUUACAGCAAGUUGCAACAAUAAACAGUCGUAGCAUAUGCUAAUCAUAUUCUCACACUAAAUCUCACACUUCUGGUUCGUAGUAGCAGCGCCGUGUUACAGACGCUACAGACGUGCUCGACACUAAUGAUAGAUUCAAUGUUCGUGCUAUGGGCACCCCGUAUCGUGAAAGUGACAGUGCGGAACAGGAGCGCAUCGCCAUAAUGGGAUGCGCGGUUGAAACGUUAACGAUGACGAAGAUAUGAUAGCAUUAGCAGUAAUUGUUUAACCUACCAUCCUCUGAUGACCACCCCAUGCCUCUCCUGCGCCUACCCACCUUCUCCCCAACAGUUCCCGAAAAGGGAAGAAUGAAAAUAAAGCAAAUAAGUAAGCAAACAAACAAACAAACAAACAAGAGCAAAGCAAACAUACAUGUUGAUAACACGUUAAUAAAUAUUUAAUAAGCUAGCGAGUUCAAGAAAAAGAGAGCGAGAGAGAGAGAGAGAGAGAGAGAGAGAGAGAGAGAGAGACAGAGAGAAAGUGUGUUAGCAGUCCAGUGUGGAGUAAAAAGUGGAAGUGAAAAACAAAAACGAUAUUAGAAUAGAACAAAAAAAGCAAGGAAUGGAGUUAUAAUAUCAAGCAUAUUGGGGCGCAAAUAAACGAGAAAGUGGAAAAAAUGGAAAAGCGCGACAGAACGAACGAUGCACAGGCGGCAGAAACAAACCAUGUGAUAAUAAAAAGAAAGAAAGAAAGAAAGUUUAAAUUGGAUAUACAUUUUUGAAGUAUCAGAUUGUGACCUAUUCUUUCAAAAACCAAACAAAACUAAAGAAACCAUUGAACGAACUAGUGGGAGGAAAGUGUUAUAUUUUAUAUAAACCUUCUUACACAUACACAAAAUCACAUUUCCUUCUACACGGACCCGUGGCAUCGACACACAUAUACACAUACACAUACACACAAACACUCAAUCAGUUAAAUCGGGAAAAUAGCUGUACAACAACCAAAACCCAACCAAAGCUCAACACGGACAAAGCCCGUUCGAUGGUGUGAGUGUGUGUACGUAGAAGCGUAGAACGUUCUUUGUUAGGGACGAUAGUAUACUACAAUACCCCGUAACAGAACCUCACGUGUACAACAUUUCAAAACAAAACAAAAAAUGGAACAUAAAACAAUAGUUCUAGAAACAGAAACAAAUAAUAGGGGAAAAAGUAGAAAAAACAACUCCACCCUCCGGAAAACAGAUAAAACUAAGCAAACACUAUAAAAAACAUACAAUAUAUCUCGACACACAAAAUGGAACAUAACCAUAUCCACCACACGAAAGCAGCGGGGUGACGACAAAACUACAAGUAAACAGAUGCAAAAAAAAAGAAAACAUGUACACGCAAAUAGCGCAAACAAUUACCAAUAGCAUAAACUAAAACGUGAACAAAACUGCUUCGUUUUUAAUAACAGUCUACAGCAUACAUUAAAAAUAACUGUUACCCCAAACAGCAAAAUGGCAAAGUGUGUUGAUAGUGACUAUCCCUGAUUCCCUUUCUCUCUAUCUCCUUCCCGCCUACCUUAUCACUGGCCACACCGACAAACGCUAAUGCCGCGCGCCAAUGUUAAUAGAGAGUUCUCUUUUUUAACUUGUUGUUCAAUGAGAAAAAGGAAAUAAGUAACAAAACAAAGAAAAAUAAAUCUAAACAAAACGAAACCGACAAAAAAAUGGCAAAACCUACACACAACAACAAACAAAAAAAAAACAAAACAAACGAGCAAGCAAAUAUAGAAGUUAAACGUAUUUGAACAAAUAAUUAACUAACGCGCUUUACUUUCAUUUAAUGAAACAAACAAAAAAAAACAAGAGAAAAACAUAGCAUAGAUGAUAAUCGUUUUCAUCGCGGGGCCGAAUGAAUGACUAUAGCAUAAAGUACUGUUUAUAAAUAGAGAGCUAGAGUUAUACCCUUUUUAUCAAUCAUAUCACCCUCCGCACCCGUUGUCCAAAGUUUUCAUCUUACAUUAUACCCCUUUUCCAGUGAAAAUACACAAAACACUCUCUCUCACACACGAACUCCACGAACAUAGAAGCACCUGAACCAGAGGAGGAAAAAACAAAGCAAACAAAUACAAAAACCAUAUCCUACCACACUACCACAGGACCCAAGGAUUCCUUCUAUUCCUAAAAGGACGUAGACAACAUUACAAACAAGAAGAAACAGAGAUAAAGAGAUGAAAAAAGAUAAGAAAACAAAACAAAACGCAACAAGCUACCCACUAAAACAAACUUAACAAUUUAGCGUUACACGGAAUUGAAAAGCAAAGUAAUAAAAAGUAACAGUUUAUUCUUGAUGUUUAUAUGUGUCAAUAUCUGAGAUUUGUACGAAUAUUUAUAUACACAUUAGUGAUGAAAUAGUAGAAGAAGGAUGAGGAUCACACCGACGCCACAUAAACCACGCACACACCCACGCACACAUCCACACGAGACAAAUGCAUAGGCGCAUGUAAAAGAAGCUCGUACAUUAGAGGGAGGGGUAGUAAAAUCAUUAACAAACAGCUACAACAAAAUCCCAAAACAUCUCGUCGGAGCAAUGCAUGCGACGUUGCCUGUUGCAAAGUAAUGGUAAUAUAAAUAAUAAAAUUAAUAAUAAUAUUAAUAAUAAUAAUAAUAAUAAUAAUAAUAAUAAUAAUAAUAAUAAUAAUAACAUUAACAAGUAAACAGAAAAAAUGGAAGUAAUGCAUACAACUAAAUAAAGAAGUAAUAAAUAUCAGACAGUAUGAUAAAUUAAUGCUAACGGUAACGGACAAACAUUAGUAAAAUGAGGAAAAUUAACACUCAACAAGAAAAAAGUAACACUAGUAGCAAGUAAUUUAAUUACAAGUGCAGCAAAUGCAGACGUUAGAUUUUUUUAAAUAAUAAAAUGAAAAAUCAAAUAAACAAAAGAAUGAUUCAUUUUCGCGGAUGCAGCCUGUAUCGCGGUUGCGUCGAUUGCAGUUAUUCAAAAUGAGAUUUAAAAAACAAACGGAAAGAGAACACGUGGUGUUCUAAAAUCUCAGCUUAAAGCAUCUAAGUACACAUUGCACAUCGCAUGGACAGUUGGUUCGUCCUGGUAAUCAAACCAACUUCAUGUCACCCAUAUGCACACCAGGUUCAUGUGAGCAAUACACUUCAAUCACACCUGUUCCUUCCAUCACGUUUCAUGGCGCUUACCAAAA